CUCUGGAAUGACAAUGAUAAAUUUCUUCAUAAUAAAGCUAUUGUUCUCGUCCAUGGCCGUUGCGAACGGCUGGGCUUUUCGGCCGCAUUUAACAAAAACAAUCCGCGCGGCGGGGUUGGUGGCAGCGACGAAAGGACAAGCGUACCAGAAACACAACCGAUGUGUGCUACAAAUGGGCGGGUACUACGUCGAGGCAGAGGAAGAGGAAGCCAAGAAUAUAAUAGACCGUUCGAAAACCCACAUGACGUUCGGGAUCCGUUGUAAAGAAGAAAAACUUCAAAUUUCAAUACCAAGUCCAUCAUCGUCGUCCGGCAAUUCCGCAAUAACGAAGACAGUGGUGGGGUUGGUACCAUUGGUCGACGAUGCCAUCGACAAGGAAGCCGAGGAGGAAAGUUUUGUAUUUUCAUUUGACGAUGUAAAAGAUGACGAAAACGUCGAGCCAACGAAUGCUAGGACUGUCUCUCGGCUCAUGAAUUUAUUGUUCCAUUCGGAAUACGGGGACGACGAAGAAUCAUCGCCAUCGUGGACAUUGGUAGAGAUAGGGGCCGAUCCCAUCUUUCCCCUCGCCGUAGCGGAAUGGAUGGAGGCCGUGGGCAGUGAACAAAAGAUCGUUACGAACGUCAUCGUGAAGCAUUCCGACGAACAACGCUUGCGCGUGCUGGAACACGCCCACUUGUUUUUCAACCAAAGGAAGCCAAAAUCCAGUUCGACCCUGACUUUCUCGACCAAACCACUCACGGACGACAGCAACCCUUGGAUCGAAACGUUACAGAAGGGAACAAACAAUAAAAUAGUGGUGUUGAUCUCUAACGAGAAGUUCGCCACCCAGCUACUAGACAAGAUGAAAGAAAAUGCAAAUCCCACUGCCAAUCCUGCCGGGGAUUUUGUGUAUAGAACCAUUAUCCCCUCUACCAUCAUGAGCAGAGAGAAACUCCUGUUGGAUGGGUUCCAAUGCCAAUCGGUGGGGUUUGGUGACGAGAACGGAGACGAUGGAUUAGAUUUCUGGGAGAUUGUACCUAUUCGGCAAUGACAGGAUCGAUGUUUUGAAUCCUAGAGUAUGAUUAUUAUAUUCAUCACAUCAAAAAUGACCCACAGAGAUGUAAUCAGAAGUAUUGAUUUGGUCCUGACUAACGGUACUUCUUCAUCAAUUUAAGCCAAAACCUAUUAUUCGAGUAAUUCUUGUGAAAGAUUUCCGAUGUCGAAAGGUGGAGAACAUCAUAGAACU